UCGACCAUGCCCAACCGUGAGCAAAUUCGCCUGAUGGCCUCCCUUCUCCUCCCACCAAUCGUCGGCGCCCUUCUCCUCGUCCCCGUGAUCCUCUCCACCACCGUCGUUGAUGACCUCCGCAACCUGUGGCCGCCCCCCGAGUUCAACUCCACCAUUGCCGGCAACUGCCUCCACAACCCUUCCCUCCGGUACUGCGGCGACUCCCGCCGUCUGGACGGCCUCAACGAGAUCUUUAAGUUCACCGUCGUCGCGAGCCACCUCUGCAAUGAGUCCCGCAAUCCCAACUGCAUCGAGUCCUUCGACAAGAUCGACCUCCGGGGCCGCCCCAAGAUCGCACCGCUCUACCUGUCCUUCGACUUCUUCUGGAAGUACUGCCCCCUAACGAUCCGGUCCAUCGACUUCUCGAACAACUCACUGAGGGGCGAGUUCCCGACCAGCGUUCUGGCCUGCGCACAGAUAGAGGCCCUCGAUUUCAGCCGCAACGAGCUCUCAGGCGAUUUCCCUGUCGAGAGGCUGGUUUCCCUGGUCAACCUGACCGUCCUCAACCUCUCAUACAAUCACUUCUCGGAGUGUAAAUUGUCCGAGAGCCUGGUCUUCAGGCGGUUCAAUUCAAGUAAUUUUGUUCACUCAGGCCUCAUUCCAAACAAACAGAGUUUCGCCUUCAAGGCGAUGUUUCUGAUGAUUGGCUUGCCGGUUAUGGUGAUUUUAAUUGUGGGUUUCAUCGCUAUGCUGUGUUUUAGAAGGCGUGAUCUAUCAUCGGAAUCUCGACAACCGAGACAUCACUUCACUACAUCGAUGCUUAAGGCGGCGACGAGCGGAUUCUCACGUGAAAACUUAGAGGGGAAGAGUGAUGGAGUAGACAUUUACAGAGGAAUUCUGACAGAUGGUACUCAAGUGAGGAUCGAGAUAUACUGGCGUGAGAUUUCCAAUGAAAGCAUGAAAAAAUUCGUCGAAGAGUGCGAGGUUCUUGUCCAAUUGCACCACAAGAACCUGGUGCGAGUAUUUGGUUGGUGCGACGAUUGGGAAUUGAGAGCGGUCGUGACAAAAUGGACGGACGGAGAGAGCCUAGAGAUGUGGUUAACAGAGAGAGCUCCUCCAUUGAAGCACAGGUUGAAGGUAUUGGUUGGAGUCAUGGAAGGCAUGUGUUAUUUGCAUGAAUUGUGGCCUCAAGUGGGGUAUGAUCUCAGGACUAGCAGUAUUAUCUUGUCCGAAAAUCUCGAGCCGCUGAUAUUGCGAUUCGAAUUUGAUGGUCAAAACAGCAGCUCGAAGAACAAACGCAAGUUUGGAGUGCUUUUGUUGGAGAUGAUCACAGACAGAGGGAAAAUGGGAGACCUUGAGGCGGGUGAGGCCGGUUUCAUUGAGUACAUCCGAACGAAUUUCCCUGCAAAUUGCCAGAAUUUGUUGGACGAGAGAAUUACGAUUGCAAGUGCUACAAUCGAACAAGCUCGGCAGGUCAUUGAGAUUGGGCUAGCGUGCAUCGAUCACUCGGCUAACAAACAGCUGAAGAUGGAUUGGAUGCGGCAUAUCCUCCUGAGAAUCUACAGAGCAUGCCAUGUUCAUGGAUCUCCUAACCAGGGACGAUUCAGCGGAGAUCAGGACAAGAGACGUGAACAUGGUCUGUGAAGACGAACUUGCUAGGAGAACCAGGUUUCACUAGCCAUAGAGAAGUUCGAUUGUACUGGUUAUUCUGUUUGAUGUAUAUCAUCAUGACGUAGACGAAGUACUUACAUUCUAGUUUGGAGUAAACUCGUUAAAUUACUUACUUGCUUU